GUCAGCGCCUUUCUCCUGCCCCCACCCCCACCCACCCCCAGGCAGCGCUGCCCGCAGGAAGGCAAGGGCGCCGAGGGCCAUGGAAGGGGCGGCAGGUCCCCAGUCACUGGACGAGGCGGCUGCGGGCGAGAGGGCAGAGGCGACGCGCCCAGAGAAAGGAUGCUGCUCCUCCAGAGAAAAAGUAAGCCCAGAACGUUGUCAGGCCUGUCUUAAUGUGCCAGAGAUCAGGAAGACAGAGCCAAGCCACAGUGGAGUUUCCUGGGAAAGGAGAUGUCCAGUCCAUCACUGCCCAAUUGAUUCUUCACCCAACUUCGUGAGAUACCACCCGCCUUUCCCCAGCCAUAUGCAUGCACCGAUCUCCACUCGAUCCAAUGGCCAGGUGCCAUCUGGCUCCAAGGACUCCUUUCAGCCUCACCUGUACUAUCACUGCAACCAGCAAGAAAGCAGAAGCAGCUAUGCCUUGCCUCCUCUUCCAGGCCAUGGUGAGAGAGCUCCUUCAUGCUCCCAGCGCUCCAGUGGGGAUUCGUCACCAACUCCCCAGCACGAGAGCUCUGAAAGCAGAUGGAAACAGUGGUCUCGUGACCAGCUGCAGCUACGGCCAGUGCAACACCAUAUUGUGACAGUCAGACAUGACAAAGUGCUCAGGAUGCCAAAGAGUUUUUACCAAGUGAUUGCAGAGUGGCCAGUUGCUGUCUUGGUGAUCUGCUCUUUGACGAUUUUAGUCUGUACACUGGUGGGUCUGUUAGUGGGAAAUCUGCCGGAUUUUUCUGAGCCCCUAAUGGGGUUUGAGCCACAAGAUACUGACAUAGGCAGAAAGCUCACAGUGUGGAAGAACAUGGAAAGCCAUACAGGCUACAGAAAGACUCUCUCUCUUUUCCCCUACACUGACAACAGCUAUGUAGACAUGGGCAUGAGCAGAGGGCAGCAGUCUACAAACAGUGAGCGAGGAGCAAGAAUACGGAGAAUGGUAGAACCGGACUAUGAAAAGGAUGGAUUCUUUUGUGGCCCCCCAGGGAAGAGUUAUUCUCAGCUGGUAUUUAUGUCUACAACUGCUGGGAGCUUAUGGAACUUGCAAGCAAUACAAUCCAUGUGUCAAAUGGAACAGGACAAGAUCCGUUCACAUGCUCAGUUUGGGAGUCUCUGUCAACGUACUGAAGCCAAUGAAUGCUGUCCAAGUUGGUCUCUGGGGAACUAUAUCGCUGCCCUGUACAAUCGGUCUUCUUGUUUAGAGAUUACUCAAGCUGAUGUUUCCCACACCCUUGCCCUCCUUCGUUCUUGUGCCCCUGACUAUCACAAAGGUGUCCUUGUUCCUCCGUGCAUUGGUCCCAAAACUGAACGGGAGAAACACGCACAGUGUUCCAAAGUCCCUGAGAAAUGCACUCGUUUCCGAGCUGUUUACCAGCUUCUUCAUUUCUUAGUUGACAGAGAUUUUCUCAGCCCACAAACAGUGGGCUACCAAGUGCCAACCCUGAAAUACAGCCUGCUCUUUUUGCCUACCAUGAAGGGAGCAUCCAUGAUGGGUAUCUACCUGAACAACCUUGAGUCAUGGGACUUGUUUGACAAUUACACGUCCAUCACUGGAAUGGAUCUGGGCCUUAAACAGAAAUUAUUUCAGCACUACCUUUUACUGGAUACCAUGUAUCCAGUCAUGGCAAUACUGACCAUAUUUCUAAGCAUGUUUUUUUAUUUACGCUCGAUCUUUAUUACCUUUAUCAUCCUAAUGAUGGUCUUUGGUACCUUGAUGAUUUCCUAUUUCUUGUACAAGGUGGCCUUCAGAUUCUCCUACUUCCCCUUUAUAAACCUAACAGCAGUAGUCAUUCUCAGCAGUCUUUGUGCCAACCAUACUUUUGUCUUUUUUGACCUCUGGAACCUUAACAAGAGCCAGAACCCAUCAGCUGGGCUCCUGCAAUGGGUAAGACUAACAAUGCAUCACUUUGGGUAUCUCAUGCUGGCUUCUUGCUUGACAACUGGUGCUGCUUUCUACACUGGCUACAUGAGUAAUUUAAUUGCCAUCCGCUGCUUUGCCAUCUACAUGGGCACUUCAGUCUUGGUGAACUUGGUAUUCAUGUUGACAUGGCUUCCUUCCUCUGCUGUGUUGUAUGAACGUUACAUAGCAAGAAAGUGCAUUUAUAAACCAGAACACUAUUGGAAUAACAGUGGACAUAAGAGUGUCAUUCUCUCUUUCCAUCACAUCUUCAGGAGUCUUCAGAGUACCUGGUGCCAAACUUCCAAGUUAUUGUUUGAGAAAAUUCUUCCUUGUGGGGUCAUAAAGUUUCGGUAUAUCUGGAUCUGCUGGUUUGCUGCUUUGGCAAUAGGGGGAGCUUACAUUUCUUGUCUGAACCCUAGACUGAAACUCCCCACUCUAGAGAUGUCGUCUGUACAGGUCUUUAGGUUAAGUCACCCCUUUGAGAGAUAUGAUUCAGAAUAUUGCAAUGAGUUCAUGUUUCAGAGGGUGGAACAAGGAGAAGAUCUGCACAUGCCCGUUACUCUUGUCUGGGGCAUACUCCCCGUGGACAACGGGGACCACUUUAAUCCCAGGAGCAAUGGCACGCUGGUGAUGGAUGCAGCAUUUACAGCUGAAAAUCCUGAGGCACAGAGAUGGCUGUUGGGCUUCUGCCAGAAAGUGAAGAAUCAGACUUUUUACUACUCUGAUCUGGAGCAAAAGUCCACUGUUUGUUUCAUGGAGGCAUUUCACCGGUGGAUGGACAGCCGCCAGUGCUCUAAGCGCGAUCAUAGCUUCAACCUCUGCUGUAAUCACUUCUCCUUCCCAUAUGGCAGCGAAGUCUUCCUCCACUGCAUCAAGAUGAUGAUAAUGGAACAAAACAGAGAGAGGGCUGAAACUCGUGACCUAGGUCUCCGAUUUGAUGAGAAAGGAAACCUUGUUGCUUUGGUGCUACAGUUUCAAACUGUUUACCACUAUAGUUUGAACUAUAGCAAGGCCAAACAUUUCUAUGAUGAAAUCAGCCUCUGGAUAAGAGAGGAGAUGAGUGCAGCCCCCAUGGGGCUUCAGAAUGGCUGGUUCACCAGCAAACUGGAGCUCUAUAACCUCCAGCACAGUGUUGACACAGAGACAAUGGUGGUGCUGGGCUUAGCCAUAUCCAUUUCUUUUGUGGUUCUGUUGCUCACCACUUGGAACGUCUUUCUUAGCAUGUUCUCCAUUAUGGCAAUUACAGGCACUGUUCUGGUAACUGUUGGGCUUUUGGUCCUUCUGGAAUGGCAGCUCAACGCUGUGGAGUCUCUCUUUGUUUCAGCAGCAGUGGGCCUCUCUAUUGAUUUCACAGUGAACUACUGCAUUUCUUACCAUUUGUGUCCACAUUCUGAUCGCCUGAGCCGCGUAGCUUUCUCUCUGAAGCAGAUGAGCUGUGCCACAGUCAUUGGGGCCUCUGCCUUGUUUUCUGCAGGGGUCAUCAUGUUGCCUGCCACUGUGCUGGCAUACAGGAAGCUGGGCAUUUUUAUGAUGAUGAUCAAAUGUGUCAGCUGUGGCUUUGCGAGCUUCUUCUUCCAGUCUCUGUGCUGCUUCUUUGGCCCAGAGAAGAACUGUGGUCAAAUACUUUGGCCUUUCGCUCAUGCUCUGAAAGACUAUUCAGAUGAUCCAAGUUCCAACAUAACAUUUGCCUGUGGGGGAAAUGAGAAGCAGAACCGGUUACAAAAAGGCCAGGAAUCCAACAAUGCAAAUGAACAGUAUGAGCUCCAACCAUUGGCCAGGAAACUUAGUGACAGCUUUGACAAUAGCACCUCCACAAGUAAGUUGUCCAACCGUCCAUCAGUGUUAUCUGAUGACAUUCAGCUCCAAGACAGCAGGUGUCCUCGAAUGGAAAUUCACUCUUCCUUUGAAAAGGAUAGGCAGAAGCCAGAGCAGACUGGGGGACACCAUGUAGUUCUGUGCCAGUGUCCUGCUUUGCAAACAUCUUCUCCUUACAAACCUGGUAGUAACUCAGGAACGGAAGCAGAAAGUCAUAGCGGAGGGCUAUGCAAAGACUGUAGAUGUCAAAAAUAUGGUACAAAGGCUUGGGAGCACCUUCAGUCAGCCAGCACAAUAGAUGAUGGACUGCUAAACAAGUCUCACUGUUCAAGCAACACCGAUCAGCAAAAAUCAGAUUAUACCUCAGAAAACAGUAAUGUGCCAGAAGCCGAUAUGUAUGAACUUCACAGAUGCCUUUAUUCCACUGGCAGCUCUUUCAGUGUGCAGAACGUCUCCAGCGAGACCUCCCUCAGUGACUUUGAGACAAGCAUAAAACUGGUGGAAUCAGCCGGCUCUUGCCCAGAUCAUUUAGAUGCAGCCAAUUCUUGCUGUCCAACUCGGAGAGGACAUCUCAAUGGAAAGAGAGACACUCUGAGGCUGGACCUGAGAGAGACUGUCUUUGACACAUCCACAUCACAGCAAAACAGUUGCUUGAGAAAAAUGCGGGUAGGGCUAGGGGGUGAAGAGCCCGUUGUUUUGCCAAACAGCAAGCCAGAUAUGCCUGAUGUGUGGAUCAAACGGGCUGGUGUGCAAAAUUCUGGAUAUUAGAGUUGAAAUCUCAGACAAAACAAAUGCUCUUUCAGGGGCAAGGAAAAUGGAUUUCCUUUUUGAAUAGCAGGUGCAAAGCUGUUCUCACCUCCCUUUCUGAACUGAGAACAAACUGCAUUGUUACAGAAGUGAAAAUGACACAUUUUUACAAAGCCAGCAAAUCUGAUGUGGAUUAGAAGCAAACAGUUCACAGAGCCUGAGCGGUUUGACCUCCUGCCCAGUAGUCAGUGCCAUAUUCUCAAUUAUAUUAUAGGGUUAUCAAGCAAGAGUUGUGUCAUUCCCUCCCCUGCAAUUUGUUUUCCUGACAAGUCAAUGGAGAGGCAUUAAUGAUUUGCGGGGGGGGGGAGUGUUUAAAGACAGAGGGAAACCUUAGACUAAGGAGUAUUCUGUGUUACCAUGAUUUUUCUACUAUUCAGUAUCUUUGACUUGACACACAAUGUAUAUUUCUGUUAAUCAUAUCCGCUUUAAAUAGCAGUCAUGCAAAUCUCCUUAAGGGAAUAAUAUUCAGAUGGGUUUUUAAAAGUCUCCUUGAUACUUUUCAGCAGAGAGGACUCACCAGGGAUCCUCUACAACACUGCUACUACCAUCUACAAUAUCUGGAUUUAAGAGAUAUUUCCCAUCCCCUCCACUGACAGUAUGCUUAAAGUUCAUCAUACUGUACACUUUGCUUUCCCAGGGAGAAAGACAUGUCAUUCUUCACAUUCUGACAUGAGUAACUUGUGCUUCAGCUCAAUCACUAGUUUUCUUAGUAGGUAAUUCAUUCAAAACUGCAAAGAGGUGUUUUUUUUUUUAAAUUUAAAAAAGAGUAUUUCUAUAGAACCCUGAAAUUUGCUCUCUUUCCUUCUACCAUUCAUGUUGCACCCUCCUUUUGAACCAUCACAAUUUUUUAAAAUCUCUAUCUGUAUAAAUGAUAUUCAAACAUAACAAAUAAACAUCAUGUUUUCUAAA